AUGAAUGAAUUUGUUUUUGCAGUCUUAGGAAUUCUACUGUUUGCUAUCAGCACUCGACGGAAACAGCGGUACUUCCAAGAAAGCAACAUUCCCGGACCGAAAUAUGCAUUCUUACUCGGUAAUUUACGCACACAUCGGCGAGCAUCGAAUUAUUAUUGUCAGUUGGAAUCAUGGUCAUAUGAGUAUAUAUGGCUGCGAUGCUUCGCUGUUCGUUUUCAUUUGAUACGGAUGUACAACGAAAUGAAAAUAACACGUAUUUACGACGAGUGCGCACUUAGUUCUUCAGCUCCGACAAUAAGGAAAGCAUCAACUGCUGAAAACAUCCUGAAUGAAGAUGAAAGUCUGCGAACGCCGGUACGACCCGAUCCAAGCGGAAAGAUGAUCCACGAAAAAAUCUUAGAAAAUGUCUCGAUUUUUCUAAUUGAUGCUACGGAAAUGGUCUUCAUUGUUCUAUCCUUUUGCACUUAUAAGCUGCAGAAUGAAAUCGAUACCCACUUGUAUUGGCAUGCGAUUUGCCUUGCUCGAACUGAAAAUGGCUUGUAUUUUCAUCCUUCGAACAUUUAA